GCUUGUGGUCACACUGCACUACGACACGCGCAAGCAGCAGGCAAUAUUUUUUAUUUAUAUUCUUAUUAAGUUAGUUUAGUUAUGCCAAUUGUUGUAAUUAGCGGACUGCCAGCGAGUGGCAAGUCCACGCGUGCACACGAAUUGCAGCAGUACUUUGUGGCCAAGGGGCGGAAGGUGCAUUUGAUAAGCGAAAACGAAGCGGUGCCCAAAGCGCUUUACGAGAAGAACGCGUUCUUUGCGGACUCACAAAAGGAAAAAGUGGUGCGCAGUGAUUUGAAGUCGGAGGCAUCGCGUCAUCUGAACAAAGACGAUCUCGUCAUACUCGAUGCAGGCAAUUACAUAAAGGGCUUUCGCUAUGAAUUGUUUUGCAUGACAAAAGCGGCACGAACCACGCAAUGCACGCUGUUCAGUUGCAUACCACAGGAACAGGCCUGGACAUUCAACACACAGCGCACGCAGCCGGACAAAUUGGAUGAGAACGAGAGCGAACAACAGCAGGUGAACAAUUCAAAUGUGCCCUAUACAAGGGAAAUCUUUGAUGCACUUUGCAUGCGUUACGAGGAGCCGCAUAGCAACAAUCGCUGGGACAGUCCACUAGUUGUGGUGCUGCCCGAGGAUACGCUCGAUCUGGAGGCCAUCUACAAGGCGCUCUACGAGACGAAGCCACUGCCACCAAACCAAAGUACACAGAAUCCUCCGUUGGGCGCCACCAACUAUCUGUUUGACCUGGACAUUCUCAUGCAGGACAUUAUUAAGGAGAUCUUGGGCGCCAUUAAGAUUGGCGCCUUUGGGCAGUUGCGCAUCAAGGGCAGCUCGAGCACCGUCAAAGUCACCACAUCUAUGAAUGCUUUGCAACUGAACAGAUUGCGACAAAAGUUCAUAACGAGCACGUGUCGUGCUAGCCAAACGACGCCCGCGCCGCUUGAGCAAGUGCCGCAAUUAUUUGUGCAGUUCAUAAAUGCAAAUACAACAGGUUGCUAGUGUUAGUUUCAAUAAAUGAAUAGAAGACUAUAAA